AUGGAAGGUUAUCAAAUCGUCUCCACCAUCGCUAAAACAGCCACCUCCAAAGUUCUCCUAGCGAAACACAUCCCCACCCAACAACUCUUUGCCAUCAAACAAAUCACAGUUCCAAAACCUUCCGAUGACGAUUGGGGUGCCGAAGAAGUUGUUCUUGUUGAUGCCGACACCGAUGAUGAUGAGUAUGAUUCUGACAGCAGCAGCAGUAAUGAUGAACAUCUACAUGGUCAACCAUUAUCCAUCAUUGUUCCUUCAUCAUCCUCUCAUCCAUCCACCACUUUGAAUACAUGUCCAGAAAAAACAUCUUCUUGGAAACGAAAACAACAACAAUCCAGUCCACGAAAUUCUUCUCAUUUGGGAACUAAAACUGUUUCGAAUCCUUCUCCGAGAAGACAAAAUUUUGCACAACAACAACAAUCGACGAACAUUGUGGACAACUUGAAUACCUCUUCGGUUGUAAAAAUUGAAACUCAAUGCGCAUCACCUCCUUCUCCGAUUACGAGAAAGAGUAAAGGUAUUUCUAAUUUACCAUUUGUGGAAGAAUUUGUGAAUCAACAUGUGGAAUCUGAUGAGAGUGAUGAUGAUGAUUUGGAUGAACAGGAUGAUUCAAACAAGUUAAUUUGCAAAACACAAAAUUUAACAUUAAGUUUAGAUGCCACUCAUACCAUUAGUGAUAAUGUGACAGGUGCUUUAUUGAAAAAUGAAAAAAAAUUGUCGAAUGAUAAUUUCCAAGUUGUCAUUCCAACAAGUACAAAUCAAACAAAGAAACAAGUGUCUCCGCAAGUUCAAAUGACCAUGAAUGACAUGAUUCAAAAGAGAAAGAAACAAGAAAUGAAAUAUAUUCAAAAUGAAAUUCAUGCACUUCAAACCAUUGCGAAAGGACCUUAUCAUAUUUAUGAAACAGAAGGAAAUUCAAAAGUUAUGGAAUGGCCAUUUGGUGAAAAACCAAAACGAAUUAGUGAUGAAGACAAAAUUGAAACCUUCUCGAAAUAUGUUUGUCAAAUGAAAAAAGUCAUUGAAGAUCCAAAAGAGAACAAAAUUUGCAUUGUUUUAGAAUAUGCAGAUGGUGGUGAUUUGUUUAGCAUUAUUGAGUAUUAUGACACACAUGGAUCGUAUGGAAGAAUGAGAGAAGAACAAGCACGUUACUAUUUUAAACAAGUGGUUAGUGGUGUCUUGUAUAUGCAUCGUUGUGGAAUUUGUCAUCGAGAUUUGAAGCCAGAGAAUAUUUUGGUGACACAUGAUGAAUCAGAGAAGACCAAGACGGCCACUACUACCACCUCUCAAAUAGGAAUACCAUUUACACCUUCUCACAAUCAUCAUCCAGUGUUGAAAAUAACCGAUUAUGGAUUUUGUGGAAUUUUGAAAAAAGCAGGUGCCUCUUCUCAAACUCUUUUUGACGAUGUCGUUGGCACUGAAAGUUGGUGUGCGCCCGAAGUGCUCAAUCGACAACGAUAUGAUGGAAGAAAGGCAGACAUAUGGUCACUGGGAUGUAUUUUAUUUGCACUCUUGACAGGAUGUUUUGCAUUUGAUCAUGACGACAUUCACGAAUUGCAUCGAAUGAUUGAAGAUGUGAAAAUUCAAUUUCCUUCCUUUAUUAAUAAGGAAACAAAGGAAUUUAUUUUGUCCAUGAUUUGUAAGGACCCAAAACAGAGAUUGAAUAUUGAGGAAGUGUAUGAUCAUCCAUGGAUGAAGAAGGGAGCUUACUUGUAG